AAAAAACUCUGUUCAUCCCGUCUCACUCCUAUGCCGCCUUUAACGACGCCCCGGGACCAUGAUCCACACGACCUUGCGGGACCACUCCCGGCGUUUCUUUGAACCAGGCCGGAAAUAGAACGCCUAGGAAGCAGUCACCAAACGAAACGAAUCAGAGCUCGUCGAAGCGAACCCCUCGUUUUUGCAGGGGAGAAUCAGAAUCAGUCCCGCAGGACGGCAAUACUAACGGGGACUAGAGGCAAGACAACAUCCCCUCGCGCCGGCCAUUAUGUCGCAGUCUCCGAAAGGCCAGCACUCGGUGCAGUACGUACCGAGAAGCGAUUAUCCAGUGCAAAAGUAUCGUACUCGUAUAAAUGCAAGUCUUGCAUUACAAAUCUUGCUCUUAAGGUAAAACUGCAUAUACAAAUUUUAUUUCUCAUGCUGAGGAAAUUUGUAAUGCAUUUAUACGAGUACGAUGCUUUUGCACAGGAUAGCGACUUGGUGCUGCCAAUAAACCAGCUGUCACGACCCAAAGGGGCGAUAUCAAAUGUAAAAAUGUCUGGGUCUGGAAGAAUGCAACUUGUAAUGCGUAUUUCAGAACACAGAAAAGUCUCUCAUGCAUACGUAGCAAAAGCCCCCACUUUUUGUCUGCAAAGUAGGGGACUUGUCAUGCGGAUUCGGCAUUGCGGAAGGUUCUCGAAACCUGUGAUGCUAGAGCUUCCAUGCCAGACCUUCUGUGUCAUGCAAAAACAGCGUGACUCUUCCAGACCCAGACAUUUUUACAUUUGAUAGGCGAAGUACGACUGCGAAAUAUGCGGAAAACCAGGGAAACUGAUGGCAACGGAGUGCCCUGCGUAUUACUGUUCCUACGAGCCUAUGGGAUUGGAAAAUUUGCUGUAGUUGUUUGUGACAGGGACGAACUGGUGGAAUUUUAAUCGUGUUUGUCAUGCUGGUUUUGGAUGACAGGAGUUUGUGUAUUGCGCAGAUAGCAACAGAAAAUUAGAAAUCCUUUAUUUCUCAACAAGCUUUUACCAAAUUUUGAUUUUCCAACUCCAUAACCAACUUCGACAUCGACUGGCGAGGGAUAAAAUCACUCAUCGCACAAGGUACAAAUCAAAGUUACUUUGCUCGGUGCAUCAGGAUGACAAAUGGAUUUUCCAAUGUGGAUUUCGCAUUACAAACUUUCCCACGCAGCGACCAACAUACAAAUCAGAUCUCGUCUACAUCAAGGCAGACAAAGGGGAUCAAGGAGAGAAGAAAGCAGAGGAACUGAAAGCCGUAAAAAAGGAGCUGCUAGAACUCUGCACGGAAACAGCGCAGAAGUUCUUGGUGCAAGGUAGUACUCAAGUUUUGAUGUUUGCUGGACGACGCACCUAUUGUUUUUCUUGCAUGACAGAAACAGAAUCAUUAUCAUGCCACAACGAGGUAGAGGUUGAUGAAGACUUGCGAUGCAUAGAUCCCAACACCCCCAAAACCCCUCAGGUAAAUACGACCUGGCGGUGCCCGGCGCAUUGCAGGGGUUGAAGUUCUAUCCUGUGCAAAAGUAUCGUACUCGUAUAAAUGCAUAUACAAAGUUCCUCAGCAUGAGAAAUGAAAUUUGUCAUGCGGAUUUAGCUUAGAAAAAAAAUUUGUAAUGCAUGACUGCAAUAAGUGCGAGUGUUGCGAUACUUUUGCGCAGCAUAAGUUCGCAAUAGAGGUUUAUGGUUCCGAGUCCGUGGAGCUUGUCGCCAGCUACCUGCUUUUGGCAGUAUUAGUUUGUUUGUGAUGCUGAAAUCUAUGUUUAGGCAUCACCGUUUAAUGCGAGAUGCGCAUGACAAAAAUUUUAUACGCAAUAAAGUCGAAAACGAAAUUUGUCAUGCAAAAACAUACAUCACAAAAUAUGAUAAUACAGGAAGCCAAUCUCGGAUUGAGGAAGCUGAAGGUAGCAGAGGAGUUCCUUUCACUAGCGAACUGGAACUUGCUCAAGGAUACGCAUUGCAAAAGCAUCGUAUAAGUUCUACAAAUUGCAUAUACAAAUGAGCCCAGCAUGACAAAUGGAAUUUGUGAUGGUGAAUUACCUUGAGAGAGAGAUUUGUCAUGCAAGAUUGCGAUUACUACGGUACGAGUGCGAUACUUUUGCACAGGAUAAGGGAGGGCGGUGAAUCAAAGUUGAUGUCACAUCUUCAGAGGAAUUUCGGUCGACUUUACGCAGCGCAGCAAAGGUAAAAAAACGUGUGGGUGUUUGUCAUGCAGAAUCGGAACGGUAAUGACUACACAAAAAUGAAAAUCCAAAUGCUGUAAAAGCAUACGUUUGUACUAUCCAUGCGGCAAUUUGUUCACUUCUGCAUUUAUCUAUUUGAAAUUUGAUCCCAGGUACCAAGAGUCCAUCCAAGCCUUCGCUGUGGACAUUUACUACUCGUGCCAGGAACACGGCCCCGACCACGUCAGGACAGCGCCAAGUUACUUCCACAUGGGCCGAGUUUUUCAGUCGUAUCAGAAAAAGCAGGAUCGGGCCGAGGCGUUCUACUCGAAAGUGGUCUCCAACGUGAUUGGCCAUUUCGAAAAAACUAGUCCGACGUCGAGUAGUAGUAGUGGCGGUGGUGGUGCUGGCGCAAGUUCUAGCUCCAGUCAACCAGUAGGAGAAAACGGCGAGUCGUCGGUGGACCAAAUAACAGCAGUAGAAGCAGUAUCAAAUGCAAAUGUGUCUGGGUCUGGAAGGAUGCAACUUGUGACGCUGUCUUUGGAUUGUAAAAAAAUCUGUAUUGCAUGACCAGUAACAGGAGUCCGGUUUCUUGUGCUACGCCGAGACGAGGGCAUUUCUCAUGCGAAAUAGCCAUCAGGAAGCCCAUCUCUGCAAAUCUGUGAUGCUAGAUGAUGCAUUACAGACACCAUGGGUCAUGCAAAAAUGCAUGACAAACCUGGCAAUCUUCCAGACCCAGAUAUAUUUGUACUGCAUAGACGGAGGAGGUGUUUGAAAUAGUGAAGCACAUAGAGGACUACAGGACAAAGAAGCAGGCGGAGGAAAGUGACGCCAUGUAUCCUGUGCAAAAGUAUCGUACUCGUAUUGCAAUCAUGCAUUACAAAUUUCUUUCUCAAGUAAAAUCCGCAUUACAAAUUUUAUUUCUCAUGCUGAAGAAAUUUGUAAUGCAUUUAUACGAGUGUGAUACUUUUGCAGUGCAUACCAUGUGGGCGAAAGGGAUAUUGGAAGCACAGUAAUACCUAGUCUUUGUUCUUUUCAAUUGUUUGGGUUUUGUUGUCAUGCUACAAACGCGUAUGUGAAUCUAAUCAUUUUUGGCAUGCCAGGAAAACGUGUAUCUGAAUCAUUUUUGUCCUGCAAAAACGGAUGCUCUACCCAAAGGUACUGUCUCGGCCUCCUCUGUCUCUUCAUGAAGGACGUAAACGAAGCGAGAAAUUAUCUCUCGAUGGUAGCAGGGAGUAGUCUGAAGCUGAGCUGCGUUGUGGCGGCAAAGGACCUGGUGGAAACGCUGGUGUGAAGAUGAGCGUCACCAGCGGGGAGAGUAACCUGUGAGUCGUGCGCAUGAGAAAACUUUUGUAAUGCUCAAAUGCACGACAACCGUCACUCUCUCACGGCAGUUGACCUCACGAGACGAGAAACCAAGAUGGGUCUGUCCAGCUUCUACUACAACACAUCUGACGAUACUUCUGGAACUACGACACUGAGAAUAUUAUUGGGUGAUAGUUUAUUAACACUGGUGAACAAAUCCAAAUAGAUGAUCACAAACACAAACACAAUUAUCUAACUCUUUUUCACUUAUUUCACACUACAGUCAAAUUGAUUCUAAUGGACGAAGAUAAGCAGCAGGGGAAGUGGAUUUAUUUUCUCCCUUAUGGAAGCGUCAGGAUUGAAAUCGACAAAGUUGGAAUAACUUGUAAUACAUAAAAUCGAUACCAGUUGGAAGCCCAAUUUCUAAGCGGCGCAUGUCAAAUUUGAGUAGAGCCGAAAUCCAGUCUGUAAUGCUGGUUGGGUAAGGAAGACGCCUUUUGUCAUGCUACUUCAGCAGCUCUACUUCUACACCGAAAAAGGCUUACAAUCUGCCUCCCUUGCCUACUCUGCAAGACAGGCACUGUCUGCCUUGCAUUUCACGCAUGUUGGCGAAGUGAGGACUGUGUGCGAAAGUAAGGAAAAGGCAGCGUAAGUAGUUGGAUGUGCCCGGGGAUGAUGGUGAUGGCUUCGGUCCGCCUGACUCCGCGACCUGGUGGCCGAACCACGUGCGGUUCGGUGCCCUUACAGGUUGUGUAGUGGUUUCGGUCGGUUUAGCAUAACAAACUAUUUCAACUUUGACGAUUUCAAUCCUGACACUCCUAUAUCCCUGCGCGGGUGGUUAUAGUUACGACAACACCGAAAAGAUGUUGAAUGUUUUUUCAGCAUAUUAACUGUAAAAAUGUCUGGGUCUGGAAGAUUGCCAGGUUUGUCAUGCACAUUUUGCACGACUCCUCAAGCCUGUGAUGCAUGCCCUAGCAUCACAGAUUUUUAGAGGGCUUCCUGAAGCCUAUUCCGCAUGACAAAUGCUCUUUCCGUGCUGCAAAAUUUGGACUCUCUUUGCUGCUCAUGCAAUACAGAUUUUUUUCGAAUCCAAAAUCAGCAUGACAAGUUGGAUUCUUCCAGACCCAGACAUUUUUACAGCUGAUACAGCACGACAGAAAGCAAAGAACAAAAAAUCUUCCAGAUUUUUCAACAAAAACAGUUUCGAAAAAAUGAAACUAGCUGGAGAUAAAGAAGCGCGUGAAGAAAGUUUUGUAAGUAAACGUACUUGUAGAAACGUGAAUGAAUGUAUACCGGCGAUGCUGCAGACCUCGUCGCUGAGUGACCUUGUUCACCGAGUCGUGCAGGGGCUCGCUGCUCGGUAUAGAGCC